AUGGCAGAAAGGGAGGAAUCUAUGAAAUACUAUCACUCAAGGGAAUCUGAAAAUGAAGAAUAAAAAAGGCCUAGUUAUGCAAUGAUGAGCAUUGUUAAUAAUUAACCGCAUCCAGUAUAUUUCAAUGGAGGUAGCCAGCGGAAAUCAAUUGAAAAUUAACAAAAACAUGGCCCAUUGCUGAUUGAUAAACCAAAUUGCUUACCAAUAAUAAAAAAAGAAUUGAGUCUAGAGGAAUUGGAUGAUUAAGAGGGAAAGGUUCGAAAAAUAAAUAGUGGUUCAAGCGUAGCAGAAAUUAAUGAUUAAAAGUCAAAUAGGAGUCAGUCGAGUGCAAAGAGUGCCAAGAGUGCAAGGCAUUCUAGUAAUCAAAUAAUAAAUGGAGAGCCAAAGAAGAAAUAGAUAAGAAGAAUGAAUAGCAAAAUAAAGGCAAGAUUGUCAAAAAUGUAAAACCUCAAAUAAACAUCUGCAAUUCAGAAAAUAGUUUCUUAAUUUAUUGAAGGCUGGGCAUUCUCAAUCUUAAUGGCUAUUGUUACACUUUAUGCACUUUUUGGAGAUGAUAUAAGAAUAUUAUCAGUCAACAAAGAUCAAGAUGAUAUUUUCUUUAUCCUAACAAUAAUAAGCAUGUCAUUUUUUACAUUAGAAAUAAUCUUAACCUCCAUUGCAAAUCCAAAUUAUAUCCUAAAUUUUUAUUUUUGUCUUGAUGUAAUUUCGACUGCAACAAUGAUUUUAGAUAUAGGUUGGGUAACGGAUUUAUGGUAUGGAGAUGAAGGAGAUAUUGGAAAUGCUGCAACAAUUAAGGCCUUAGGUAGAGCAUCCAGGGUUGCAAGAAAAGCAGCAAGAGUUAUUAGGAUAAUUCGUUUAGUAAGGCUCGUAAAAUUAUAUAAACAUGCCAGAUAAUAAUAUGAAAAGGAAUAAUAAAGAAAGAUCCUUUAGGAUAUAUUAAAAUAAAAUAGACUAAUGAGUGAUGAGAAUUAAAAGUAAUAAUAAUAAUAAUAAUAAUAAUAAUAAUAAUAAUAAUAAUAAAUCAAUUCAUAAUCUCAAAAACAAAUCUAUAUUGUAAAUAAUCCCUCAUUUCCUUCGCCUCUUCCUUCUGAUGGAAAUUAAUUUUAAAAUAAUUAAGACAAAUAAGAGUAAAUUGAAUUAUAGAAAGACAGUGCUAAGCCGUUUCUCGGAUAAAUUUAAUAGUAAUAGAAUUCUGAAGUAUCUGCUUUACCAGCUCAAUAAGGAUAAUCAUAUGAUCAAAGUGCUUAAGGAAGCAGUAAUGAUUAAUUUAGACAAAGCCAAUAAUCUCUAUAGCAAACUUAAAAUCUUUAAGAAAGCAACGUGGGCUCUCGAUUGUCUGACUUAGUAAUGAGAAGGGUUAUUACUAUUAUCUUAGCAAUAUUAAUAAGCAUACCAGUAUUAACCUUAGAUACUUAUUAAGAAACACUAAACUCUUAUGAUUCUGGUAUAUUUAGAAUAGGCUAAUUUAGAAAUGAUCAAAAAAUUCUUGAUAUCUUAACAAUGUAAUAUGUAGAAUUUCAUCAAGAUGAACUUUUUCCAAUCUUGGCUGUCUUUGUCAUAAGAAAUAAUGUAACUAAUAAUUUUCCAAAAUUAAAUGAAACCAAUUUUUAAAUAUUCAAUUAUUCUCAAAACCCUGAUUGGUUUGAACCAACAAAUUUAAAUAUAGAUUAACACCGAUUCUCUGAUAAAUAAUAUUAUGCUGCAGUAGAUAUAAAUAAUAAAUUAAUAACAUGUUCAGUAGGUGAUUUAAUUGACUAUAAUCAAACGAAUGCUAUACUCUCGAUAUUUUAGACAUUAUUUGUAUGUAUAGUAUUGGCUUCUAGUGCUAUCUUAUUUAAUAAGAAUGUAAAUGAAUUGGUUAUUGAGCCAAUAGAGAAAAUGAUGGAAAAGAUAGAAUUAAUAGCCCAGAAUCCAUUGGAGGCAGUAAAUAUAGAAGAAUAGGAAGAUCUAGUAAUGGAAUAGCUGGAAUAAAAUGAAGAUCAUGAGAAGAUAAAGGAAAAGUAUAUUGAGAAGCAAAUGGAAACAUAUAUUCUUCAAAGGUUAAUCAUGAAAGUUGGAGCUUUAUUGGCAGUAGGAUUUGGGGAAGCAGGUUCAGAAAUUAUUGCAGAGAAUAUUAAGAAAGGAGGGAGUGUAGAUCCAAUGCUUCCAGGGAAGAAAAUAAUGGCUAUAUUUGGUUUUUGUGAUAUUAGAAACUUUACUGAUGCAACAGAAGUAUUAUAAGAGGAUGUAAUGGUAUUUGUGAAUGAAAUUGCUGAGAUUGUGCAUUAAACAGUGAAUCAAUAUGGAGGAUCUGCAAAUAAGAAUAUUGGUGAUGCAUUUCUAUUGGUCUGGAAAUACUUACCUAUGGAAUAUCAUCCCAAUCCACAAAAUCCAUCUAAGUUGAUUGUAAAAACAGAUCACCACAUUAAACAAAAAGGAGAUAUGGCAGUUUUGGCUUUCUUGAAGAUAAUCACAUCAAUCUCAAUUUCAAAGAAAUUAGAGAGGUAUAAGAAACAUGCUGGGUUGAAUGCAAGAAUGAAGGAUUAUUCUGUGAAAAUGGGGUUUGGAUUGCAUAUGGGAUGGGGCAUUGAAGGAGCAAUAGGUUCAUCUUUCAAAAUCGAUGCUUCUUACUUGAGUCCUAAUGUCAAUAUGGCAUCCAGAUUGGAAGCUGCCACUAAAUAAUUUGGUUCUAUUAUUCUAAUUAGUGGAGUCCUAAAAUAAUAUUUGACUGAGGAAUGUCAAAAAUAACUAAGAUAAAUUGAUAUUGUAACUGUAAAGGGUAGUGUAGAACCUGUUGAAAUUCACACUGUAGAUAUGUCGAUAAAGAAUCUGAUCCAAAAAAGUAAGGAAAUGAAAGACAAAUUUGACACUAGCAAGAUGAAUUAGAAACAAUAAAAGCAGUUUCGAGUUCUUAAUCGAUUCAAAAGGGAACAAUUGCAAAAGGAUGUCUCAAAAAACAAAGUCAAUGUUGCAGAUCAAUUUCAAACUGAUGAAGAACUCCUUCUCUCCAGAGAACCUUUUACAAAAGAAUUCUAUUAAACUUGGAAUGAAGGGUUCCAAUUUUAUAUCAAAGGCGCAUGGGAUAAGGCUCAAUUAGUAUUCCAAAAAACUUUGAUUAUGAUUCCUGAACACAAGGAUGGUCCUUCCAAUACACUUUUAGAUGUGAUACAUUCUAAUGGUGGAAAGGCUCCACAUGAUUGGAAAGGUUACAGAGAACUUACAGAAAAAUGA